AUGAAUCAACUGCCACUGCCACUGCAGUACAUUAAUACUUUGCUACCAAAUAAUAGCAGUCCAAGAAGAGUAUCCAUGAGCUCAAGUUUUAGUUUAUCCAAUAACAACAACAACAACAACAACAACAACAAUAUUAGUAAUAUUAUUAAUUUUGAUCCUAGUUCACAUUUAUCAUUCAUAGUUCAGAAUCAUCAACUUAUAAUUUUACACAGUAAUAAUGCAUCAAAUGGAAAAAAGAAAUCUUUGAAAAAUUUAUUAAAAUCUUUAAGUAAUUUGAAUUAUUUUAAUUAUCUAUCUUCUUUGAACUUAAUCAAUCUUAAUACGAAUUUAUUGUUUGAUCAUUUAGAAAUAUCUUCUAAUAACAUUGUCAAAUUGUUUAAUUAUCAGUGUUGUAGCAUAAUGGUUAAUCAAAUCUCUUCAUUCACUUCAAAUAAUAAUUUUAUAAAUGAUAAUAUAAUCCAAGUAACUAAUCUUAAUUUUCCUUUUAUUUACCAAGCUCUUAUUAACAAUAAAACAAUAGAAAAUAUUAAUAUGAUAGCUGGUCUUCAAUUGAAAAUUAAUAUUGAUAAUUGUUUUGUUUAUAUUCCUCAGCAAAAUUCUCAAUAUCUUUAUCAAACUAAUUUUCCAGCUUAUAAUUAUGUUAUAAAUCAUGGAAAUUGUCCCUAUCAUUAUAUAUGUUUGAUAAGAUUAAAUAAUUUAACGGAUUCAUUUUCCGAUCAAGAGCUGGUUCAAAAGGGAUUUGGAAUAAUUUUGAAAGGGAAAAUGAUUCAAUUGUUUACUUCAUUUAAUUUAAACAAUCAGAUAAAUUCAAACAAAAACAUUUUCUUGGUGAUAUCAUUGAACCCCAGUGAUAUAAUGAAUUAUGAGGCCAAUCUUUUUAUGAAUAGACAACUUGCACAGACUAAUUUAAAACCCAAUGAGGCAUUAUCGAGUGUUAAUAAUAAUGGUAAUGGUAAUGGUAAUGGUAAUAAUAUAAGUAGUCCAAAUAAUUUUGCUCAUCCCAAUAUUAAUUCCGGUGAAUUAAAAAACUAUCUUGCUUUAAAUCCAAUGAACUUAAACCCAAAUUCUUUUUGUGAAAAUAAAAGCAAACAUUUAUCCACUACAUCAGACCCGAAAUUUGAUAUAUAUGUUGAUUAUUUGAAGGAUUAUUAUCAGAAAGUUGGACCGAAAGUAACAGAUGAACAUUCUACUAUCCCUCACCCCCCUAAAAACCUCAAGAAAGCAUCUAAUAACAAUCAUUUAGGCAUUUUUGAAAUAACUCAUUAA